AUGUGGUUCUGCUGUAUUUGUGUGCUGCAGGGACUGGUACAGCAAUGCCUCGCUCCUUCCUUGUGAGAAGCAGAAAGAGCAGCACACACCAGGGUGUGAGAUACGUGAAGGAGGGAGACUCUCACACCAACGCUGCCUGCCGUCACGUUGAAUAUCUUGGCAGAAUACAGGGCUGUAUGAAUCCAGCCGAGGCUGUUCCCUUUAAGGAAUUAAAAGGCAGUGCUGCAGCUCCGGGAACUCAGGAAUUAAAGUCCUCCUACAGAAAUCCCUGCAGUGACGACUGGGAGCCCUCUGGGACAGACGGUGUCUUUAAGGAGCCCAAGGAGGGUCCGGCUAUUCCUGCCAGCCCUCAGGAAGGUCUGCUCCACACAGGCUCCAGGACAGGUCAGGACUGGAGGCUGCCUUCCUCACCAGUCCUGACCUCAGAUAAGCCCUGUCUGACGGGUGAAUCCUCGCCCCCUGACCUGGGCCUCUCGUUCGGACGGUACUGCUGGCCCGACUGCCCGGAGUGUGAGCUGAAGGUGCUGGUCCAGUCCCUGCUCUCUCCAGGUUUGGAUCUGAGCCGGGCCGAGGGAGAGGGUUCGAGAGAGAGCUCCAGCAACCUGCUGUGCACCCAGCUGCUGCACUGCAGAGCCCCAUACAAGUGUCCCAUCUGCAGCAAGGUCUUCUCUUCCUCACCUGGCUUGGAGACUCACCUGAGGAGGUCACAUGGCAGCAGGCUGGCUUUCCAAUUGGCCGGCUAUGGAAAGGCAGGGGGGCACCCGGUCAGCCUGCUCCCCGAGAGGGGGGUGCACUGCCAGAUCAAGGAGCGGAGUUUCGGCUGCACGGUGUGUGGGAAGACGUUCAAACGCUCGUCUACCCUGUCGACGCACCUCCUCAUCCACUCUGAUACCAGACCCUACCCCUGUCAACACUGCGGCAAACGCUUCCACCAGAAAUCCGACAUGAAGAAGCACACGUUCAUCCACACAGGAGAGAAGCCCCACAAGUGUCAGGUGUGUGGGAAAGCAUUCAGUCAGAGCUCCAACCUGAUCACCCACAGCCGCAAGCACACAGGCUUCAAACCCUUCACCUGCCCCACCUGCAGCAAAGGCUUCCAGCGCAAGGUGGACCUGAGGAGACACCAGGAGAUCCAUGGGGUCUACACCCAGUCCAGUGAGAAGUGAACCCAACCUAACCCAUACUCCCAAACCAAAACCAAAACCCCACACCCCAGCUCUACUGCACUGAUCUGAACUGUGAUCUCAGCAGGGCUUCCUGCGCAAGGUGGAUCUGAGGAGACACCAGGAGAUCUAUGGGGUCUACACCCAGUCCAGUGAGAACUGAACCCAACCUAACCCACACUCCCAAACCCAAACCAAAACCCCACACCCCAGCUCUACUGCACUGAUCUGAACUGUGAUCUCAGCAGGGCUUCCUGCACAAGGUGGAUCUGAGGAGACACCAGGAGAUCCAUGGGGUCUACACCCAGUCCAGUGAGAACUGAACCCAACCUAACCCAUACUCCCAAACCCAAACCAAAACCCCACACCCCAGCUCUACUGCACUGAUCUGAACUGUGAUCUCAGCAGGGCUUCCUGCGCAAGGUGGAUCUGAGGAGACACCAGGAGAUCCAUGGGGUCUACACCCAGUCCAGUGAGAACUGAACGCAACCUAACCCACACUCCCAACCCCCAAGCCCUAAUGCAAUGAUCUGAACUGUGAUCCCCCAUUGUGGAGAGGACAGAGCUGUCAGAAAGUCUGGCAAUCUGGCUCUGGGUAGUAUAGGAAACUGGAAGGAUCUGGAACAAAGGCAAAUGAUUUUCAAGCUAAGGUUCGGACGUUGGCAAUUUUGAGAAGUUCUCAUUUGUGUUUUUUGUUUUGUUUUUGGAAACAAGGCUCAGGGAAUCACUGCACCUUCACUGCCUGACCAAAAGCUCCUCCCCUCCCCUCCCCUCCGCUCCCCAGCUCAACGAGGGGUAAGCGUUGAGCCACGGCUGCAGUUGUACUUUCCGCUUUCAUAACUUUCUUAACUUCCAAUGGCCAGCAAUUGGCGAGCUGAUUCCGCUUCGGUGUACACAGGAGUCCUGCAUUUACCACGCUCCCACUUGAGCAGACACACGCAAAUCUUUUCUAUACCAAAGAAUCAGAAGGCAGCUGGGUCAGACCUAUUUAUUUUUUGCAGUAGCCUGCCCUCUAGUGGCUAAGGCAUCUAAUAGCACUGCCAGCCAGUCUUCUGUGCAUUAUUUAAAGAAUUGAAGUUAAUGUAUUGAGGGAACCACAUGUUUAAUUUAAGCAAUAUAUAUAUAUAUAUAUAUAUAUAUUUGAAAUGCAUGCAUUAUUUUUGUAAAGUGGAUUAAUUUCUUUUACUUACGGUUACAAGGCAGAAUUGUG